AUGUCGCAUAAUGGCCAAGAACGUCUAAAUCAACUACGAAAUCCUCAUAAGGCUCCACCUCAAAUAAUCCUACCACAUACCCCUAGUUCUCAUGAUAUCGACUACUCUGAACACUCUUCUCGGCCAAUAACGCCAACAGAUGAUGAUACAGGUUCCCUUAAUGAUGAUUUAUUGAGUGUCCAUGGAAGUACAACACAAAUGACACGACCUAGUAUUGAUUCAGCUUCUAUAAGGAGAAGCUUUGAAUCCUCACAUAUCAGUAGAAGUAACAAUCUUAACAACUACCUUUUAUUUGAUACAGGUAGUCAUAGCGGUUCGAUGGAUUAUUCUCCCUUAGGGAACAAUUCAAUAUUUGAGAUAGUUAUGAAUACCAGAAGGAAAAAUUGGUUAAAUUAUCCUACUGUAAUUGAUAUACCACCUGUGACUUUGAGUAGAAAUGAACUAGAUUCAAACUGGAAAAAUUUAAUUAAAAGCUAUGUUGGAGAGAUUAAGGAUGAAUAUGAAGCUUUCGAGAAUUCCAAUAGUUUGAGAAAUAUGAAUCGCCUAGAACAAUUGAAACAAUUAAAGGACCAGGAAAAUAACGAGAAAUCGAACGAAGAUUUAACUUCCGAAACUUUCGAUUCUGCAACAACUAAUGGUGAUGCUGCAUCAUAUAAACAGAAUGACAACGGGUUGAGGGAUUUAGCACAAGUGCCAGAUUUUUUCUUUGAAAGAGAUUUCCAUUUAGAUAAUCAAAGGACAUUCCAUCAUGUCUUAGGAGAUAUUGACUUAAGUCUCAAUAGGCUAACGAUGGAUGAUCAGAAGGUUAGAGAUGAUGCAUAUAUAGAAUUACGAGAGCAACUAAGUAAUUAUCUGGAUACAGUUGAAAAUUUGUUAGUUAAUGAAAUUUCAAAAUCAUCGAAUAAGUUCUUUAGAGCUUUAAGUGAAGUAGAUGACAUAGAAAGAAAAGCAAAUGAUACAAUUGUUGAACUAGACGAAUUAAUGAAAACUCUGAACAUUAUUGAUAAAGAGAAAUUACAAACUAAAAUAGAGAACUUACAACUUCUAUUCAAAAGGAAAAAUGUUGAAAAAUUAGAGCAAAGUAUUUUACAGAUCAAGUUAGUCUUGAAUAAAACUGAGGAAUGUAAAGAACUUUAUCGACAAGAUGAAUACGACUCUUGUUUAAAUAUGAUUAAAUCAAUUGAUAAUUUGAUCAAGGGAGAUGACGCUGAAGAUAGUACAGUUCAAGCAUGGACUAAUAAUUGGCCCUAUAAGUUGAUACAUUUGAAAACGGUUCCUGCAUUGUCUGAAACAAGAGAAUAUUUGACGAAUAUGAAAAUCGAAAUCGGUGGAAAAUUUUCAGUGCAUUUGACCGACCUAUUAUUGAAGGAUUUAAGGAGUUACAGUGAAGCAAUCUCAGUGGAAGAGGCUUUAGAUGCUUUGCAAAAUGGUAGUACUCAGAAGAAACAUCUAGAAUUUGAUGAAAAGUUUCAAACUCUAUUAACAAACAUUAUCCAUGAACUGAACAGAUGCGAGGAAUUGGCAAGUUCUUUCCAACUCUAUCAAGAUAAAUUUAUAGUAGAGCUAAAAGCAAUUAUAAAAAGUUAUUUACCGAACGAAAGCAGCGCAACACCGGUACUGUCACGAUCAACGCAAGAUUUACUUCAAGCGCAACCUCCGUUGCAACAAACAAAUACUUCAGGCGGUUCAAAAUUAUCAAGACUAAUAAAGGAACAAACACCAGUAGAGUUCCAAGAAAUGUUGGUAGCUACAUUUACGCAUGCGAAUCAAGCGCUAAAGAGACUUUAUGGCCACCAGAAGAUUUUACUAGAUUUAUCUCUAAAGGAAAUCAAUUCCAUAGACAGAUCCUCUGAAAAUCAACAUAAUAUGAUAACACAACUAGAUAUCCGUAGCGGUAUCAAUGAAGGUAUAAGAAUUAUUCAAUUAAGGAUGGGUAAGAUAAUAGCGGUACGGAGAGAAAUGACGUCAGCUUUACGAUAUGAUCAUUUUUUGCAUCUAUAUUCUAUUGUUGUUCUAUUCAUUCAGGAAUGUGAAACAUUAAGUGGUGAAUUCUUGACCAAAUAUUUGAGUGAUGUCCUUGCGGUUCAAUUGAAGAAUUAUAUUGCAGGCCGUGAAUCAAAAAAUUCUAAAAGACUGCAGAAAAAAAUAGAUGUCGAGAAAUGGGUUCCUUAUAUUGUUGAUUCCUCCGUCCAAAAAAACGUUAACGAUAUCGUUUCUUCGAUCGAUAUGGACCCAAUUGAUUGGAUAAGUAUAUUAGAUUUAACUCAGGAAAGAAAGAAAGCAUCAGAGGAAGAAGAAGGCUCAAAACAGGAUAAGGAUGACAGAAAAGUUACGGGACACCGGAAAUCAGUGGUUGUUGGCGACAAGACCUUUGUAGCAAGUGCGUCUCUUUUGACUGCAAUUGACAUCAUUAAAGAACUGUUAAUCCUAUCAACUAAUAUCCCAUCAACAUAUCUACCCAAUUGUGAGAAAUUAUGUUUUAACAUUUUGAAAGUUUUCAAUACUGCAACGAUGUCAUCAAUUACAGAACAAGGCAAACCACUCUCUAAAACAGGCAAGAAUCUUUCAAUAAUUGGAGAAUCUUUGGAUUGUCUUGCUGAAUUCGUGAACAUGGUGCAGUUGUUUUAUCAAAGGUAUUCUGACACUUACAAAGAUUUUAUUCCUUACGAUCCAAGCCAUUAUGCCGAAUUAAUAGCCAUGUACCGGACCUCAUCGGAAAGGUUAUAUAUGGCGCAUGCACCACCCCCUGUAUAG